GUGGGCGGAGAGGCCACAUCUAACACCUAAAUCUGUAAACAAGCCACUAUAUCUAGCUAGCUGAGCUGAAAUAUCCAAUACAGUGCAUGCUAUUGACACACAAGAACUGGAGCAUCUUUGCAGCAGCUGCAGGUACCAGCAUAGACAAGUCUAGUCCAGCAUGGAUGUGUCAGAGUUUACUUCCAAGGAGAGGAAGCAGGCAAGAAAACACUUGCUCAAGAAGAUUGAUGUCUACAACAAGCAAGCAAAGAAAACAAGAGCCUCAGGCUCUUUCCCUAUGACAAGUCCUUCAAAGGACCUUGUCUACAAAGGUGUUGUCAAAGUAACCUAUGAUCGUGGGUAUGCCCUGCAAACAAAAUCACUGCUGGUGGAGAAUGUCACGACAACUUCUGAAGCCGUAGAGCAGCUGUUUGAUGCACUGGGACUUAGGGGAAAUCCCUCUGACUACGCCAUGGAGGAGCACAACCUCAUGACAGGAGAGAUUCGAGCUGUGGCUGGCUCAGAGUAUCCGCUGAGCCUGCAACUCAACCAUGGUCCUCACCAGGCAGCGAUAGAACUGAGGCUGGUACAGGUGCGAGAGUCGCGGUCAUCUGUCCCCAUGGCCUCAGGGCGACGGAAGAGCAAGGUACGAGGUGGCAAUGACUCAGAUGAAUCAGGAUCCGAUGGCAGUCCAAAUAUAAUGCCCAAGGAAGAAGUGAUCGACCAUGGCAUAGCUAGUGUGGAGUUGAUCAUGGAGGAAGCACUACAAGACAUUCCUCCUCUUGUCCACGACAUUCAAGAGAGACUCAAGAGUCUAUCAGAAACUGUGGCUGUUGACGGAAAGCCUCGAUCUGGCCUACCCAGUAGAAGAUUGCUCUGGGAUAUCCUCAAGCCUCUGGCAUCUGCCUUGGUGAAGGACAUUCGCCGGCUGGUAGACAACGGAGAGUUCCUUGCCAACAGACACUGUGGGUCACCUGUUGUCAAGCUGGUUGCUACGCUCAUCCUGGAACUAAUCACUGAUCAUAGUAGAGAGCUGGUCACUGUGACAAAGCAAAUGUGCGGUCUUCGAGGUGCACAGAAGAUGGAUUUCAACAUCUCUGUGUCAUGCUUCAUUCAGCAGAUUACAUACAUCUCCAAACUUGUCAGCAAAUGCAACGACAGCCUCCGCUCCAUGGCCCUCACCGGCCACCUGCUCGAGGUGACCUCUCCAGACAAUUUCCAGAAGGAGAAUAUUCAUGCUGAGUCAUACUUCACUGGGUCUGGUAGUGUGUCUGGUGUACUGCUGUUUGGAGUGGUGUCGGCUUAUCUGGGGCUGAUCAGAGCAGCCUACGAGGAAAAGUACGAGUUUCUUGCUAGCUUGGCCACUAACAUGCUACGCAGUGCACAGAGAGCCUUGGAGACCAUCCAGAAAACUGACGAGUACAGUAUGCUCCACCUGCACCCUCUUAAGAGUCGAGUCAAAGACAUGGAGCUCAAGUUGAAAGUUUCUAUGGACAACCUCAUACAAAGAGUGAAGGUGGCUUCUUCAUCACGACCUCCUCCAGAUGCUGCUCCAGAAAUGCUUCUCUUUGGUCACUCACUGAUAAUGGCUACCCUGGAUUUCCUCAUGGUGGCCCAGUGUGCUUCCCUCGUUCACAAGGUGGUGGUGGGAGGCUGGGAGCUGCUGCAGUUGCCAUGGGUACGCUCGUACACGGCUCACAAUCACGAUGGCAAGAUGGAUGGGGUGCCACUCUCGGCUCACGUUGAUCGACUUAGCUCUCUUGGCUCUGACUCUACAAGCAGCCAGAGCACUGGAGGGGACUCCAGUGUUUACUACCAAAGAGCACCUCAAGUGGGUUCUCCUGAGAAGUACAGUGGUGAGAGGAAGUCUCGUAUCCGUGGCACUCAGCUGGAGAGGGAGAGAGGGGACGGGAUGGACGCAGCUGACAUGGAAGCGUCAGAACACAAACUGAGCUUCAGCAACCUGGUGGGCAUGCAGGCUGGGCAUUUGGAGUCUUUCUACGAAUCUGAGAACAAGAACAGCACUGAAGUACAGAGAGUACGGAGUGAAAUAUCUAUGAAUCCCCCGGUGUCCUACACCACCUCUCCUCCUGUGACGGAUGCAGAGGAUGACCUAGAGAGCCACCGGAGCACUAUAGUGAGCACCAGCACGGUGGGGCAGAGGAAGCAAGGCCCUUCAAACUUUGAGCUGGAGAGCUCGCAAUACAUGGGCAUCGAUGCUGUCAAGAAACUGAGGAGUCACUAUACCAUCAAUAAAAUAAUAGCGCGGGCUGCUGAAUCUCUGUUGCUAGCGGUUACACAGAAGAUCAACUUGUUGUCUUCUGUGUGUCAGAAGGGAGACAAAGAUAAGUACAGUAGCACAGUGGAUGCUAUCAUCGUGGCAGCCAAACAAAUCAGAGAAGAACUGUCGGCAAUGGAAGUCGACAUACUUGUCAGUGAGACAAUGGCUCAACUACUGGAGAGGACAAGACAACAGAUGAACAGUGCUGUGAGGGAGGUUCAGCUGUCUGCUCUCAUGGCUUCAAGCUCAGUGGCUCCGGAAAGUGCUGGUAUGAAGUUGAUGGCGUCUGCAGGCCACCUCAAGGAUGUUUGCUCCAAAACAAUAGCCGACGCUCUGAGCAAGGUUGGUGAGCACAAGAAAGCCGUGGAACAAGCCGAAAAGAUUGAGCAAGAAUUUGUAAGUUUGAUGACUGGACAGAGCCAUGACCACACCCCCGAGAGACGAGGCAGUGAGGACAGAAACGAUCGAAGGAAGUUUACUUCUCCCUCAAAACUGGCUCUGGUUGGAGAGUCUGAUUCGGACGGACUGGUGUUUGAGCAGAGUACAGUUGGUGGUGGGAGAGGGUGGGCGGCUAAAGAGUCACCUCGGGUGAUUGGCGGUACAGUACAACAGCUGGUAGAGAGACUCACAUAUCACAGAGUGAUCGAUUCUGAGUUCACUGAAGUGUUCAUGCUCACGUUCUAUUCCUUCAUGACUCCUCACCAUCUUAUGAGCGCCCUCGUCAAAAGGUACAACAUCCAGCCUUCAGAGGAGCUGUCCUCUUGGGAGAUGGAGACGUUUGAGACAGACAUUGCCAUCCCAGUUAGGCUCAGAGUGAUCCAGGCCGUGAGAAUGUGGAUCACCUCCAGCUUUGAGGACUUCAAAAAUGAUGACCUCUCUGCUAAACUGAGGGAGUUCAUCAAACAAGUGCAGAGAAGCAUGUCAUCGUGUGCGAGACAGCUGUUCACACUCCAUGAGAAGAACUUGAAGUAUGGGCCAGUGCACAUUCAAACGAAGCCCCGAGGGCAGGCCCCCACUCCCCUCGUUCCCAUGAGCCUGUCAACGGGAGAGAACUUUGAUUUGCUCGAUGUGAACACUUUGGAACUGGCCAGACAGCUGACGUUAAUCUACUCCAAACUGCUGAGGCAGAUCACGCCGAGUGAGCUACUGAGCUUGGGCUGGACCAAUGAGGCCAGGUUCCAUUUUGUACCACACAUCAGAAAAUUUCAGAAAAUCUCCGAAAAUCUGUCGGAGGUGGUGUGCCGAGAGGUACUGGGAGAGACGAUGGACGAAGACCAAGCGUCAGUACUUUCCUACUUUAUACAGACCGCUAAAAGUUGUCUCGACAUGAAGAACUACGAAGCUGUCUUUGCGUUAGUGAAAGCUCUGGAGUUACAGAGAAACCGAAGCUCUUGGCAGCUUGUGACUGAUCACCUGACCAAGAUGUACGAGGAGUUGAAGGACAUAGCCUCACCAGCCAUCAACUACCAUCGCUAUCGUCAAGAGAUACGAAUUAUCCACCAAGCACCUUGUAUACCACGACUAGAUUUGAUACUGAGUGAUUUGGAAGGGCUAGACAAAGACCAUCUUGAGUACCACUCCGAGGGAAAUGAUGUCAUCAACUUCCACAGAUGCCGUCAGUUUGCUAAAGUCAUACACAUAGUGCAACAGUACCAGAGCUCUCCGUACAACUUACACCAGAUAGAGGUCAUGCAGCAUUAUCUCGAGAACCUUCAGAAUACACUGACUGAUGAAGAACUGGACAAACUAUCUACUAAAGUAGAAGCUUUUGUAAUAUGAUUGUCUCCGUUAUAUAGCAUUUUUUAUUCCAUUCCAUCCACCUAUUUUUGUAGAUUUUUAGACACAGGUUCAUAAUUAUAUACAUUUUCCUUGUAACAA